AUGGGUAAGACCACAUUAGCUAAUAGAGUUUACAAUUCUCCAUCAGUAAUGUCGCAUUUCCACAUUCGUGCUUGGUGCAUUGUUUCUCAAGCAUAUAGCAUGCACAACAUGUUAGUUCAGAUAUUGGGUAGUAUUGAAUCAGGGAAACUUGAGCAAUAUCAAAAGGUGGAUGAAGAUGAUUUGGCUGUAAAGCUAAAACAAGUUUUGUUGAGAAAUAAGUAUCUCUUGGUUUUGGAUGAUUUGUGGGACGCUAAGGCUUGGAAUUUGUUGGAGAGAUCAUUGCCCGAUGACGACAAUGGAAGCAGGAUUCUCAUCACGAGCAGAUUGCAGAAUUUGUCUCUACAAUUCAAACCUGAUAGCAAGAUUCAACAUCUCCGCCACCUUACCGACGAAGAGAGUUGGAAUUUGCUGCAGAAAAAGCUAUUUGGCAAAGAAGGUUGUCCACCAAGACUAAGUCGAGUUGCAUCUCAAAUAGCAAAAUCUUGUAGGGGCUUACCUCUCACGAUUGUCCUUGUUGCUGGAAUUCUUGCUAAUACUGCAGAAGACUACUGGGAAGAAGUUACAAAGAGUCUAACUUCCAGUAUUGUCCUUGAUGACAAAUACUGCAUGAAGACACUUGAGCUGAGUUACAGUCAUUUACCAGAUGAUUUGAAGCCAUGCCUUCUUUACUUUGGUGCAUUUAAAGAAGACGAAGAUGUUCCUGUCCAAAGGUUGUUAUGGCUCUGGAUCUCUGAAGGAUUCAUGCGAAAGACUGAAGGAAAGAGAUUAGAGAAUGUGGCAGAUGACUACUUGAGGAACCUGGUUGAUAGAAGUUUAGUUAUGGUUUCCAAACAAAGAAGUACGGGUGGUGCCAAAGCCUGCCGAGUUCAUGAUUUGGUACACGAGUUUUGUGUGAAAAAAGCCAAAGAAGAAAACUUUCUGCAUGUUUUGCAUAGUUGGAAUGAUCUUACUGGCCCAAGCAGCCUCCUCCGAGUUUGUGAUCAAAAUGCCAUGAAUUUGAUGAUUUGGGAGGUAGCUCUAAAAUUUCCCAAUGUACGCAGUUUGUUAUUGUUUAAGGAGGAUGAUUUGGGGUUUUGGUUUCCUAAACUUCUAAGAGUGUUGGAUUUGGGGGAAUUGGAGUUUGUUGCAUUUUUUCCUAUGGAAGUACUUCUGCUUGCUCAUUUGAGAUACUUGGCUCUUUGUACUAGAGGAGUAAAUUUCAUCCCAGCUGCAAUAGCAAACCUCUCGAGGUUACAAACUUUUCUGCUACGAGGAAACACCUCUGAUUGUUUGUUACCGAAGACUAUCUGGAAUAUUAAGACAUUGAGACAUUUAUGGACUACAAAUGCCGCUGUUGGUUUCAUUUUUCCUGUUGAAAAUCUUGAAGUAUCCCCAGGCUUAAUUCAUUUAGACACUUUAAGCCUUGCCAUUGAUCCCUCCUCUCAAAGCUUGCAAAAGAUACUGAAAAAGUUACCAAACAUCCGCAGGCUAAGAUGUAAGAUGACGGAAUCAAGAGAAGAACCUACCAGAAUUGGCGACGGGAUUCUCGUGUUUGAUUGGUUGAGUAAACUAGAAUCACUUAAUCUGCUUUUCUUUGACGGAUAUGGAUUUCAAUUUCCAUUGAAUUUGAAGAAGUUGACUCUCUUUUGCAAUCAGCAACUGUGGAGUGAAAUCUCAACAAUUGGAAAGUUGCCCAAACUUGAAGUGCUUAAAUUACUCGAAGACUCCGUCUCUGGGGAAGAAUGGGAAAUGAAAGAAGAGGGGUUCCCUAAGCUCCGAGUCUUGAAAUUGUCACACUUGUGGAACUUUCGCAGCUGGACUGCAUCUUCUGAUAAUUUUCCCCGUCUUGAGAAAUUGGUUGUGCGCGAUUGUCCGAUGUUGGAAGAGGUGCCUUCUUGUUUAGGGGAAUGUCCGACUCUUGAAAUGAUUGAGGUGAGAGAGUGUCGCAAGUCUGUUGCAAGUUCAGUGAAGCAAAUUCAACAAGAACAGAGAGAUAUGGGAAAUGAGUCUCUAAAGAUCUCAAUUGAAGAUUGGGGUGAUGAAUGGAGUUCCAGCGAAGAAGAAGAAGAAUCAGAGUCCAGAUCCUUAGAAACAGAGUCAAUCUCCUCACAAGGAGUCUAA